CCUUUGUUUAUUUAAAUGGACGCGUCUUUUGAUCAAUUUGGAGGUUAUGGAUGGGGAGAACAAUCUGGAGGAGGAGGAGGACAAGAUUUUAAUAUCCCUACACCAUUUCAAAAAAGCCACAUAACUGAUAAAAUUCCAAUCCCAGCAAUUGUUGAAGAUUUGUUGACAAUGUCUAAUGAUGAGGAAAAGUAUGUGAUUGGUGGAUACUCGUUCAAUACGGUCAAAAUUAUGGGCAGGAUUGUGAGUGUGUUUACCGAUUCAAAUCAAUGUACUACCUACGAGAUUUGUGAUGGAAUGGCUGAUGAUCCACGCGUAGCUAAACGAUUUACUGUUAUUCGUUAUGGAGGAACUGAUUUGCAACCAAAUAUGGAGCAAGUCUUUUCUGAGGGUCAAACAGUUCAGGCGGUUGGAAAACUUCGACUGUUUAAUAACCGCCUCAGUCUUGUCAGUUUUCACAUUCGUGAUGUUACAAUGGAAGAAGUUGAAAUUUAUAAAAUGGAGUGUAAACUUGCAAAAUAUUAUUUUUCUAAGGUUUGA